AUGAGUGAACAAGAAGCAAAAUUAGAAGGUAAUGCUGAUGAAUUAAAUUCAACUGCCUUCAAUAAUACAAGUACUAAUCCACCAGAUGAUGAUGAAGAUGAUGAACCAACUGGAGGUAAACAACAAAAAGAAAGAAGAAAAAUUGAAAUUAAAUUCAUCCAAGAUAAAUCAAGAAGACAUAUCACAUUUUCUAAAAGAAAAGCUGGUAUCAUGAAAAAAGCUUAUGAAUUAUCAGUUUUAACUGGUACUCAAGUUUUAUUAUUAGUCGUUAGUGAAACCGGUUUAGUUUAUACUUUUACUACUCCAAAAUUACAACCUUUAGUUACUAAAAGUGAAGGUAAGAAUUUAAUUCAAGCCUGUUUAAAUGCUCCUGAAGAAGGUUUAGGUGAUGAUCAAGAAAAUGGUAGUGAUGACAAUUCACCAGAUUCCGUUGCUUCUCCAAAUAAUGGUCAACAACAACAACAAGUUCAACAAGUUCAACAACAACCAACUACUUCAAUUCCUCAACCUCAUCAACAACCUCCAAAUUUACCUCCUGGUCAUUUACCUCCUGGUAUGCCAUAUGGAAAUAAUCAUCCAAUGCCUUUACCUCAAGGUUACCCUGAUAAUUCUGUUUAUCAACAAUAUUUCCAAAAUAUGUCAAAUGGGGUCCCAAAUCAACAACAGUAUCAAUAA